CUCUCUCUCUCUCUUCCUUAUCUUAAAGUCUUUCCAACUCCAAGCCUUCAACAAUAAAAGUCCUAUCUAUAUCUUGUCAGUUUGAAGAAGUCCUCAUCCAAAGACAAAGCCAUGUGUUCUUUACUUCUUUGCUUUGUUGGGCCAGGAAAUCUGGCUUCUAUUAUUCCUUACUGUUGAAUGUGUUGUGGGCAAGUCCAUGUGAUGCACCAAAUCUGGUGUCAGUGUCUCUAUCAAUGGACUUAUCAUGUCAGUGAAGGCAACCAUUGCUCUUUCUCUAUAUAUUUGUUGAACUUUGAUAGUCUAAGAUCAAAACAUCUUCUCUUUCAAGUGUUCUGCUCUUACAAGUUCUAAGAAUCAUUCUAACAUCAAAAUCCCAUCUUUUCUUUGACAAAAAACAAUCAUCUCAAAUAUGGGAAUUCGUUUGCCAAUCAUUGUUCAAGCCAAGAAUGCAAUUCGAAGGGCUCUAUCUACUUCAACAACUUCAGAAGUACCCAGAGGAUAUCUUGCUGUAUAUGUGGGGGAAGAAGAGAGGAAACGCCACGUAGUGCCCAUAUCAUAUCUAAGCCAUCCUUCAUUCCAGAGAUUGUUAAGACAUGCAGAAGAGGAGUUCGGAUUUGACCAUCCAAUGGGUGGCCUGACAAUUCCUUGCAGAGAAGAAAUCUUUGUUGGCAUAACCUGCAACUUGACUUGUUCAUAAUAAGCACCAAAGAACAGAAGCUCCUAACUGGCAUAAAGAUUUCUAACUUGAAUGACAACAAAGCUUGAUCUCAACAGUUUUGGGAUAUAUAUUUUUUUCUGGGUCAACUCCGGUUUGUAAUAUAACACAAGUCUUCCAGUAGAAAUCAAUGUACAUAGAAAGUCUCAUUAUACUUGCAAGAUGAAGACAGUUGAGAAUUAAAAAUUAAUUUCUUUGGCUUC